AUGGACUUUGUGACCGGAUUGCCUAUGUGCGGAAAGGUGGACUCGAUUUGGGUAAUAGUCGAUAGACUGACCAAGUCUGCGCACUUCUUGGCUAUCAACAAGCAUGAUAAGGCGGACGCAUUGGCUAAGAUCUAUGUGGAAGAGAUCGUUAAGCUACAUGGCGUACCGGCCAGCAUAGUGUUGGAUAGAGAUGCGCGGUUCAGUUCUGCUUUCUGGAAGGCACUUCAGAAACGAUUCAGUACAAAGGUACACAUGAGUACGGCUUACCACCCACAGACGGAUGGACAGUUGGAAAGGACAAUCCGAACACUUGAGGAUUUGUUGCGAGCUUGUGUACUGGAUUGGGGUGGUAAGUGGAAGGAUUACUUGCCUUUGGCCGAGUUUUCCUAUAACAACAGUUUUCAGGCGAGUAUCGGAAUGUCGCCGUAUGAGGCAUUGUAUGGCCGGCCUUGCCGAACACCACUAUGUUGGACCCAAGUGGGGGAGCGAAGUCUGUUUGGCCGAGACUUUGUGGAAGAGACAACUGAAAGAAUCCGAGUUUUGAAACUUAAGAUGAAAGAGGCCCAAGAUAGACAGAAGAGUUAUGCGGAUAAGCAUCGCAGAGAGUUGGAAUUUCAAGUUGGGGAUUUGGUCUAUCUCAAGCUGAUCACGUUUAAGGGUAAGGACAAGGCUGCCGCGACUGGGAAGUUGAAACCAAGGUACAUGGGACCGUAUAAGAUCCUGGAGAGGAUCGGAUUGGUUGCUUACAAGCUCGAAUUGCCACCAGCCUUAGUGGCAUUUCAUCCAGUCUUCCAUGUUUCCUUAAUGAAGAGGUGUGUGACGAAUGGAGAAAAUGUGGUGGCCGAACCACCUUCUGACUUACAGGAUAAUCUGACCGUUGAGGGAAGACCGGUACGGAUAAUUGGGAGAAGGGUUAAGGCAAUUGGCCGAAAGAGAGUUAAGAUGAUCCAAGUCGUUUGGGAUUGUGAAGGUGAAGAAGAGACAACUUGGGAACCGGAAUCAAGAAUGGAAGAGAAAUUCUCUAAGUGGUUUGAGAAGCAGCCUAAGUGUUCGGAUAAGCCAAGGAAAGGCAAAGAUUCGAGGACGAAUCUAACAGCUCGCCACACAGCAAGCAACGGAUCACCGCGAAGCCAGAGUCGAUGGAAGCUCGUCGCAAGAUCCAGCGAAGAGAAAGAUUGGAUCUUCUUCUCACCACAACAGCUCGUGCUCGCUACAACUUCUCUCUUCAAUUUGCGUGACGUGAAACAAGUCCGAAUAGGAGCCUUGGAGGCAGUAGCUCGCGGUUCAAGUCACGACAAACUCACGAGCUUGCUCCAAAAUGAACCCGCAGCUCGGUCCAAGAAGCACCCACAACUCGCUCGAAAGAAGAAACCGGACCUGAAGAACCGCAAUAGGUCAAGAUUCAAUAGCUCGACCGUGAAACCAAACUGUGGCCCUGAAGACUUAGAGUCCCAACUCGCGCGCAAACAGAAUUGGAACUGA